AUGUUUGCUGCAACGGGACGAUGGUUCAAGCGCAACCGCACGCCCAUUGCCAUUGGCAUGGGCGUUGUCGGUGCAGGCUACGUCGUCACGAAUUAUGUCCUGGGCAAGUUACGCGACGCCCGGGAGCGCAUGAGUAGCGAUCGCAUCGCAAAGGAGAAUUUGCGCCGACGCUUCGAGCAAAACCAGGAGGACUGCACCUUCACUAUCCUCGCCCUCCUCCCGACCGCCACGGCCAAAAUCAUCGAGGCCUUGGACACGGAGAAGAUCACGUACGAAAUUCAACAUAUGAAGGGCUCGGCGACAGCUAGGACCCGUAGCAUUGGUUCGACUAGCCCGCCCAGCAUGUCCGAAACGAACGCAACCGAGGACGACAGCCGCAGCAUCAUCACAGUGAGCGCCCAGAGCGAAGGUGGCAUGCACACAACGCAAAUCUCGGUGGCAACACCGUCAUCGACCGCGGUUUCAGAGGGUGGGGCAGCCGAUACGCCCCAGACGCUCAUGGUUCCGCCAAUGGUGCCGCCAAAGCCACGGAAGACCAAGAGGCAGCUCUGGGACGAGCUAACGAUCAGCUCAAUCACGAGAGCCUACACUCUCCUCUACACCCUGAGCCUCCUCACUAUGCUCACGAGAAUACAACUUAACCUCCUCGGGCGGCGCAGCUACCUCUCGAGCGUCAUCUCGCUCGCCACCGGCGGCAACGGCACCCCGGGCACCAUUAGCCUCGAGAACAACGACGACGAUAGCUCCGAUCCAGCCUACGGCACUGACUACGACGUGAACCGCAGGUACCUGGCAUUUAGCUGGUGGCUGCUCAACCGCGGCUGCAUCGAUGUGAUGCAGCGUGUCGAGGGUGCCGUGCGCAAGGUCUAUGGCCACCUCAGCCCGCGUGACACGGUCACGCUCGACACCUUCGCCAAGCUCAGCCACGACGUGCGCAGCCUGGUCGAAGGCAGCGCUCCCACAAAGGGGGCAGGGACAGCCUGGCUCCCCUACCUCUUCCCGCCGCUCGGCCUCGAGGAGUUUGUGCUGCAGGAAUCAGGCGUGCUCCUCCCGCCUGAGGUGGGCAACCCUCCCCGCGACCAAGCCAACCUCACACCCGUCCCCCCCGCCUCCCCCUCCUCCGCCGCGUCCCUCCGCCGCCUGCUCGACGAAACCGCCGACCUGAUCGAGAGCCCGCACUUCGCGCACGUGCACACACAGCUCCUCGACGCGGGCUUCGCGGCGCUGCUCGAGCACAAGCUGGUCGAGGGCGUCUUCGACAGCGCGACGCUGAGCGCGGACCCGCUCGGCGGCGCCGGCACCGUCGUCAGCCGCGCCGUGCUCCUGCCCAAGAUCCUCAGCGUGCUCACCCGCCAGGCCCACGCCAUCGGCCACGGCAUGACUAAGAACGAGUACCUCCAGGCCAUGGAGGCCGUGCCCGAUCUCGAAGGGUUUGCAGCCGUGGUCUACUCGAGUAACUGGCAGGCCGAGAUCGUGCCGGAGGAUGAGAGGGCUGCCGGCGUCGGUGCUGGUGCCGGUGCCGCCGAUCUCGGUAGCUCGGCGUCGACCAAGGUUGGGGCGUCGCCACCGCCGCCUCCUGGGCCCGGGCCGCUGCCGCUGGAGAAGGAGGAUGCGAACGGUGAGGCGAGCUUGGUUAUUGUGGACAAGACGGGCGAGGAGGGAAAGACCGAUUUGUUCGACAGUGCGUGGGAGAAGGCGAGUGCGUCGAAGUGA